AUGCGGUUGACCAUAAAUAUGAGAGCGCUAAAAGAUCCAUGGUUUUCUAAAUUUCUUUUAAGAGUCGGCGAUGGAACUGAAGAACCAAUCGAAGGAAACUAUAUUCGCAUACCCGAUGACAUGACAAUUCAAGCAAUAUUGUCCACUAAAAAUGAUAGUGUUGACGAGAUUAAUAAUCAAAUGAUUGAAAUUUUUCAAGGGGAGGAAAAAGUUUAUUACAGUUUUGAUGAAGCUGAAGACGAUCAGCGCAACUUCUAUCCGGUCGAGUUCUUAAACUCGCUAAAUGUUAGUUGUUUGCCGCCUCAUAAGCUUCGUUUAAAAAUUGGAUGCCCAAUAAUAUUGUUACGUAAUAUCAAUCCAUCACAUGGCCUGGGUAAUGGCACGCGAUUGAUAUGUAAGGGUUUCAUGCGAAAUGUUAUUGAUGCGGAAAUUGCAGUCGGUCAACAUGCCGGCAAAAGAGUUUUUUUGCCAAGAAUCCCUAUAACCCUUUCUGAAGAUGACAUGUUCCCAUUUAAGCUGAAAAGAAAACAAUUUCCAAUUCGACUUAGCUUUUCCAUGACGAUUAAUAAAGCUCAAGGUCAAACAAUUCCGAAUGUUGGUAUUUAUCUUCCGGAUUCUGUAUUUUCACAUGGACAACUUUAUGUCGCGUUAUCAAGAGGGAUUUCAAGACAAAGUACGAAGGUGUUGGUACAUCUCGCCAAAGAAUUCAAACAAAGCGGAGUUUACACAUCAAAUGUUGUCUACCAGGAAGUGUUGCGUGAUUAA